UCUGUCAAACAGUGCCGUGUCAAACAAGUCAUGCCUCUGGUCUCCAUUUCUAAAAACAAUUUCAUCGUAUUAAAUUAUUAAAAAACGUAUUAAAUUAUUUUAAUAGUGCCAUCGAAAUGGCGUUCGUAGCUUCAUUAUAAUUAAUAAAUAAUAAAACUAUUAAACAUACGCGUGUAUAAAAUUGAUUGUGUGUGAAAUUCUAUUGCAUUUCAAGACAUACGUUGUAAUCUAACAAAUAAAACAGUAUAAUUAUUCCUCUUAAAAAUUAUAAUCUUAUUAAAUUUAAAUUUAAGAUGGAACUAUCGGAGAAAAUAAUGAAUAAUCUUACAAAUAUUAAAGACUUAAAUAUUUUAUCUGAAGAGAUUUUCGUGCAGGUUUUAGAAACUGUAAUUUUUAAUAUAGGUAAAACUGUAGACCCGAAAGGUCAGUGCAGCGUCAAAACCAACAGUUCAAAAUUUGACAUUGCCAAAAAUGCCUUUGUCGACUUAAGCUGUCUUUUCGUUGAAGCUGCUAGACAUGAUUUCGAUAAGGAAAGUUUAGAAAAGUUUUUAAAUAACACACCAAUUGUUAGUCACAGAGCAGACAAAAUAUGUUAUAGCUAUGCAAAUAAUAAACAAGAAAUUCAAAUGCAAUUACAAUUAAUUGGAAAUAAUUUACCCCAUAUAGUAGACACCGAUUGGCGUUUAAGUCAUUGCGUUAAGUAUGGAUUUCAAAGUUCUAUUGGAUCCUUUCAGUAUCAUGUACGGUUUACCACAAAGGAAUAUGCAGAAAUAAAAUAUGUGACAUUUACAUGUACAUUGCAGCAAUUACAGGAGUUGCUAUGCAAAAUUAAGGAUGCCAUAAGGCAUUUAGAAAAAAUUCCUAGUAAUUAGUAGUAAUUAUUGUCUAUGUAUAUAUAAAUAUAUAUAUAUAUAUAAUUAUAUUAACAAAACAAAUUAAUUAUUUUUUUGUUUUGAAUAUAUUCAUUUUGUAUUACAUAAUUUAUCAAGCUGUUGUUAAAAAAGAAAUCGUAUUAAUAAAGUUAAAAAUUUAUAAAAAA